UUGGCUUUGUGCCAGGAAUGUUCUAAAAAUGUCCUCACUUUGCUGUCGUACACCUGCCCUAUGUCCAUGUGGACGGGCCCAUACUAGCCUGAUUAAAUCUCGCUUAUAGUAGCCCGCGCAAUAUCCGCCGGCCCCCUCCGCGGGGAGGGGCCAGUUACAGCCCUGGACAGCGGAGUUUGCGUUACACAGACUAGGCCCAUACUAACUAAAGAACAAUGCCCUACCCCAAUCGUACCCUGAAUGAGAGUGACGUAUAACUGAGGAAAUAGGAAUAAAUGUUUUACAUCCGUUCAUAUCCAGUUAGAGACCGCUCCCAUCAACGCACCUGCAGCUACAUAACGUGAUAACAUUUCUUCGACAGCGUGGUGUCUGUGUGAAGAGAAGAUGCCGUGUGCGACGUCCUGUGCCGUAUUCCUGCUGGCCGCUCUGCUCUCAUCCUCCCAGGCCCGCCGAGACGCCGCGGUGUGGUAUGAAGACGUCUCAAUACGCGAGGAUGCGUCCGUCGGCAGCACAGUCAAGCACCUGCGAGACGUCGUUAACGCCAGCGAUGUAGAAGGAAAUGGAACGUCCUGGGCAGUGAACAUCACCAGAGGCAACGGUUUGGGACGGUUUGAGGUCGUUCCUGAGAACCUGACGCUAACCGUGGCCGCGCCGCUGGACUAUGAGUUCAGUCCGCGGUACAACCUGUCCCUGGAGCUGACAGAUACUGCAGACAACAGCGUCUGGCUCGUGAACCUCGUCAUCGUGGUCACGGACGUGCCGGGAUACCCGCCGUACUACAACAAGCGGUGCGAAACACCAGUUAUUCCUGAUGAUGGGCCGGGUGAGAACUAUGUGCUGCUGAGCAGUACUAAUGGACAUUACGAUGUUGUACUUCAUCAUCAUAUCGACGCUGAAAAUCCUUCAACCACACAUCAGUACCCCGACCUAAUCCCCACUCUUCGUGACGGAGAAAUUGAUGUUGUCAUGGGGGACUGCUCCCUUCGAUUGUGUCUUGCUUUCAGCCCAUCUUCGUAUGAUAUCGAUAAAUUAUUGCUCGAGACGCCAUUGAGGGUUCCUGAGAAUGAAGGCAGAUUGGAGUUUCCAUGUCGCGACAGACAGUUCAAAAGUAAGGGUAAGGCUGUAUUUUUGGACACUGAAUACGGCCAUACGUUGCCUGAGUGGGCACAAGGUGGUCAGUGCGAGAUGGGCAUGGCAGAAGGGCUCCCGUAUGUUUGGCUUGUAGAGUUUAAUGACAUAUGGUCUACUUCGUCCAAUCGGAUACAAUGUACCGAUGUCGUCGCAAUUCACGCAUUUGCUGUUAGCCUAUUGGGAGUCGAUAUCAAUUUUCAGUACGACGUUACAGGAUGUCCCGAGGGCAGAUACGGUCUGUACUGUGACAAAGACUGUAUUUGUAAGAACGGAGCCCGUUGCCAUGGCUUUAACGGUGCGUGUGAGUGCCGCCCGGGAUGGAGAGGGAGGGUCUGUGAUAUUCCCUGGCCUGAGGUCGUCAUCGUGGAUAAACCUGGCGAUUCAGUCGUGAAGUACAUCGGUACCAACCUGACUCUGACCUGCCUGGCUCCACACAUCCACGUAGCAAAUAUGACGUGGGUUUAUCCAGCAGAAAAGAAUUAUAAUGAAACGAGAAUCAUUGAAGAAGGAGCAGUACAAAACAGACCCAUCAACUUCGAGCCGAUCUUAGAGACUGCCAAUGGUGAAUAUACUUGUGUGGUAAAAGCUAUAGAUGGUGAAGUGAUCAAUGCGACCUUUAUCCUCAACGCUACCAGAUGCCCACCUGGCUACUGGGGUGAAGUUUGUCACCAGGUGUGCGACUGUCAGUACGGAGGGACGUGUGACAGGUGGGAGGGUUGUCUGUGUCCUCCCGGUCGUCAUGGAGACAGGUGUGAAUAUAUCUGCGCACCUGGCGCAUUCGGUUGGAACUGCAGCAUGAACUGUCACUGUCAGAACAACGCCUCGUGUGAUCCCGUCAAUGGCACCUGUAUCUGUGCAGAAGGCCAGUGGGGCGACUCAUGCCAGAAUUUUUACUUUUGCCCUCCCGGUCUUUAUGGAGACAGGUGUGAACACACAUGCACACCUGGCAGCUUCGGUUUGAACUGCAGCAAGGAUUGUCACUGUCAGAACAACGCCUCAUGUGACCCAGUCAACGGUACCUGUUUUUGUGUAGAGGGACAAUCAGGUAGAUUUUGUGAGAAUGCCCCCAAGCCUGAAAGUAACCGAGUGUUGGCUUCCGUUAUUCCUGCCAUGUUUAUAGUCUGUUGUAUCGUGAUUGUGAUCCUGGCAAGGCGGCGUAGGCUGCGUACAAAUGACACAGCGGACAUAGAAAUGGAGACCCUCUCACCAUGGGAACUAGACAGACAAGACAUUCAUUUCGAGCAUAUGAUCGGCGAGGGAGAGUUCGGCCACGUCGUGCGGGGAAGACUGCGCGUUCCCGAGGGGUACCAGGUUUUGGUGGCCGCCAAAAGUAUCCGGCCCGACCGCAUGACAGCGUCGGCUGUCCGCGACUUUCGCCGCGAGAUGGACAUCCUCGCCAGGAUCCACGAGGACAAGGCUGGACACCCGAAUGUGGUCAAGUUUUACGGGGUUCUGACUAAAUCGGAGCCACAGUACAUUGUUGUGGAGUACGCGACUAACGAAGAACUGCGGCGGUACCUGUGGAGUCUGAGAGAACAAUUCAAGGUGACAGGACAUAGGAAACUGUUAGAACGACUCGGGUUUGCUUCUGGCGUGGCCAGUGGGUUAUCGGAGCUGGCACGUCUGAAGAUCGUGCACAGGGACAUCGCAGCCCGUAACGUCGUCAUCAGCGACAGGAAGGUGGCCAAGAUCGCGGAUUUCGGGCUGUCGCGCGACGUUUACGUGUCGUCGGCGUACAAACGCACCAACCAGGGCGGGGAGGAGGAGCUGUUGCCGCUGAAGUGGAUGGCCCUGGAGUCGUUACGGGACGGGGUGUACACGUGCGAGAGUGACGUGUGGUCGUACGGCGUGCUGCUGUGGGAGAUCGCCAGCUUUGGGGAGGAGCCGCGCUAUGCUGGCGGCCCGAUGCACCCGGACGUGUGCACGCUGUUGGAGCUGCUGAGGAAAGGAGUCCGUCUGCAGCAGCCGGAGAACUGUCCGCUGUCGGUGUACCGCAUCAUCAGGUCCUGCUGGAUAGUGGACCCGUCCAAGCGACCGACUCCUGAGGAGCUGCUGCAAAAGAUAGACCAGCUGAGGCCACGGAGGGAUGCUGCUCACCUCGUUGAUCAUGGCAUUUCAUGGCAAUGAAGUUUCUGCUAACGGCACAAGAAGUGCUCCUACAAGUAUGUGAAGUACGUGUGUUCUGACCACUAGAACAGUACAAUGCUUGCCAUACGGGAUGCACUUACUAAUUUGUCGCGGACUAUAAACAAUGGGUGUAUUUCCUAAUAAUUUUGUCCAAUAGUAGCCUGUGCCAUCAUGCAGUCGAGCUUCGCAGUCAGUAUAGACUUUUGAUUCAGUUAUCUAGUUAGGUAUUCAGUUAGAUCCAUACAAUUGGGUACAUAGACUUGCAGCACUUGUAAUGAAACGGAGUCGUUUAAUUAUGUUAGAGUAAUAAUAAUAAUUAGAAUCCAAUAGGGCAUAUUUCGAAUUUGUCUGAAAAAAUUGUAUCUACUUUAUUGCAAUCACACUUAAUCAGAAAAAAAGAGCUUUACAGUUGGAUAUCACGACAAUGUCCAAUUUUGCCGGAUUUCUAUCGAUUACAUUUCACGGAUAUUUGACGUUAAUCAAACAAAUUAUUCAUUAUCAUCACUGUCGUGCAGAGUUUGAUGUCAUCUCUUUUAAAACAUACCUUGUAUCAUUGCAAUUAUGCGGAAUAGGCGGCAGGUGUGAUCUAGGUCAAGUGGAACAUUGUCGCAUACAUCAGAAUCAAUAUCUAAGAAUAUCUAAGCAAGAUACAUUGGAUUGUGCUGGGGAAGGCUGAGACUACUGUGGUCCAAUGGCGUUAUUCCCCAAUAUUCUUAGCGUUGUAAACGUUUGACGAUAUUAGUGAAAGAUAACGUAAGGCUGUAGCAGCUAAUUAAAUGAUUAUACACAGAAUACCGAAAAUAAUAAUAAGUACAAAAAUGCCAAUUACAUAGCCCAUCACCGA